AUGCCCCAAGGGGCCCUAGCAUGGACAACGCCACAAGGUACUCUCCCAAAGGCGACGCCCCCAGAGACCCUCUUGGAACAGCUCACUCAGGGGCCAACCCAAAAUGGCAUUCCCAGGGGCCCUACCCGGGGAGCCGCCCACAGGGGCCCUUUGAGGGGUCUUACCAGGGGUGACGCCACCAGGGAUCAUACCAAGAGCGGCACCCUCAGGGGCCCUAAUAGGGGCGGCACCUACAGGGGCCGUACCCGUGGUGGCGCCCCACAGGGGACAACAAGGGACAGGUUCCUCAAGGUCCCUACAAGGGGUGGGGUCCCCAGCGACCCUACCAGAGGAGGCGUUCUCUGGAGCCCUACAAAGGCUGCACACCAAGAGUUCCUACAGGGGCGACGCCCCCAGGGGCCCUACCAUGGACAACGCCACCAGGUAACCAUUCAAAAGGCCACGCUCCCAGAGACCCUCUUGGGACGGCCCCCUCAUGGGCCGACCAGGAAACGGCAUUCCCAGAGACCCUAUGCGGGAGCCGACAACAGGGGUCCUACCAGGGAUGGCGUCCCCAGGGGCCCAACCAGGAGCAGUGCCACCAGAGGCCCUACAAGGGACGGGGUCCUCAGGGGUGCGACGCCCAUAGGGCCUAACAAGGCCGAUGCCCCAAGGGGUCCUAGCAUGGACAACGCCACCAGGUACUCUCCCAAGGGCGACGCCCCCAGAGACCCUCUUGGGGCGGCUCACUCAGGGGCCAACCCAAAAACGGCAUUCCCAGGGGCCCUACCCGGGGAGCCGCCCACAGGGGACAUACCCGGGGAGCCGCCCACAGGGCCCCUACCAGGGUCCUUUUGA